CUUCAAGUUGCCUGCUGUCGACGACGAGGCGCAAUGCAAGGCGGAAAUGCUUUGGACACGUGUCAUGAGAUAUAUAGCAGAAGGUUACCCGUGGUUUGCGAAGUCGUUUACCCCGCCUGUUGACCCCUUGGGACUCUCGCACCAAGAAAAAGGGACGGUGCGUAUUCGGGGAAAUUGAAUAAAUUCCUCCAACCAAUCGGAAGGUCCCUAGGCUUCGACCCCAGGCAUAGCUCCUCCUGCAGGAAUGAACUUGAAUGACACGACAGCAUAUGCCUAUGAUUCAAGGAACGGAAAUCCGGGAAACAACAGAGCGACGCUAUACCACGACGCCAUCGACUCCUUUGAUCCUUCGCAUCAAAGACGCCACUCGGGUAGACAUUCUGCUUUUCACAAUCCAUAUUAUGGUCGCUCUGGGAAUUACUACCAUAAUGCUGGUAGAAACCCAGAACCCACCACUGUUGAGCAACCGUCCAAUCCAGACAUCCACAAUUCCGGCCACGGCCACUUUCUCAAUCGUCAGUCCAGAACAAGCGGACAUGAGCGAAAUUAUCAGGAGCCACAUGGAGAUAUCUCUUCCCGUCGGCACAGUCGCUACUCGUCGAGAUACAGCGGCUCUUCUUCGAACCUAGGAAGUUCGACAAGCUAUCUAUCUUUUGAGCGAGAUGACCCUGCUCGCUUCCACAGCAGAACUAAUAGCGUGAAUACAUACCCCAGCGAAUCAAGGACCAGUCAUUCCUCUCAGAGCGAUUGGCACUCAUACGAUGACGGGGACGAUGUAUUAUAUCGGGGUGAUCGUACACAAUCCUACAGGAACGAGUAUGACGACAACCGAAGUGUACCAUCGACCUAUUUCAGUGGGGGCUCUUACACUAGUCACCAACCCUACCAGCAAAGCCCCAGUCGCAGCCCAUCAAACGGUUACUAUCAUUCACCGUCUGUACCGGACAGUCAUUCAAGGUCGAGUGCGCAACAGUGAGUGAACGAGCUGUCCGUGCUGUAAUUCCCUUGCUCCAACCUUAGAUUGCUGAACGACAGGACACCAACCGAAUAUUACUAUGACA